CGCGCGGAUGCGGGGGCAGGGCGAGGGCCGCGCCCCCCCCGCGCCCCCCCCCGAGCCCAUCGACAGCUCCGGGGGCCCCGUCCUGGCGCUGCCCUCGGGGGCGGCGCUGUCGGCGCGCGGGCUGGCGCCGGGGCCGGCGCGGGACCUGCUCGAGAAGGCGCUCGUGGUGCACGAGGCCGACCGGCGCAAGAAGCUGCGGUUCCACCCGCGGCAGCUCUACGUGUCGGUGAAGCAGGGCGAGCUGCACAGGGUUGUCCUCAUGUUGUUGGACAACCUGGACCCCAACGCGCCGAGUGACGCGCAGAGCCGGCGGACGCCGCUGCACGCGGCCGCGCAGAAGGGACACCUGGAGAUCUGUCACCUGCUGCUGCAGGCGGGCGCCAACAUCAACGCGACCGACAAGCUGCGGCGGACGCCGCUCAUGGAGGCUGUAGCCAACAACCACGUGGAGGCCGCGCGGUACAUGGUGCGGCGCGGCGGCUGCGUCUACAGCAAGGAGGAGGACGGCUCCACCUGUCUGCACCACGCGGCCAAGAACGGCAACCUGGAGAUGGUCGACCUGUUGCUGGCCACCGGGCAGGUGGACGUCAACGCGCAGGACAACGGCGGCUGGACCCCCAUCAUCUGGGCGGCCGAGCACAAGCACAUCGAGGUCAUCCGCCGCCUGUUGACGCGCGGCGCCGACGUCACCCUCACCGACAACGUGAGCGCGGGGCGGCAACAGUCGCACGGGGCGGGGGGGGGGCGGACACUUGGGGACCCCUGGGGACCCCCCGGCGCGCGCAGGGACGUGGCGCGCGGCUACGAGAACGUGCCGAUCCCCUGCGUGAACGCGGUGGACGAGGAGCCCUGUCCCGCCGACUACAAGUACAUCGCGGAGAACUGCGAGACCUCCACCAUGAACAUCGACCACAACAUCACCCACCUGCAGCACUGCACGUGCCAGGACGACUGUUCCUCCAGCAACUGCCUGUGCGGGCAGCUCAGCAUCCGCUGCUGGUACGACAAGGACGGGCGGCUGCUGCAGGAGUUCAACAAGAUCGAGCCCCCCCUCAUCUUCGAGUGCAACCAGGCCUGCACCUGCUGGCGCAGCUGCAAGAACCGCGUGGUGCAGAGCGGCAUCAGGGUCCGACUCCAGCUCUACCGCACGGCCAAGAUGGGGUGGGGGGUGCGGGCGCUGCAGCCCAUCCCCCCCGGCACCUUCAUCUGCGAGUGAGCCCCUAUGGAGCCUCCAGGAUUCCCUAUAGGACCCCCAGCCCCCCCAGCGCCCCACAGACCCUGA